UAGAGGUUCCGAAAAAUAAGUGUUCCCAGUCGCUAAACGAGUCAUUUGUAAAUGAUAAAUUGUGCACUCGCUAUCGGGCUACGGUAAUACAGUGCCAGCGUAACGAACCGGAGAAAGGCUAUCGAAAGCGUGUUCGUUCGUAUUUCUAGUCGCGGUUUGCCGAAUUUGACGGUGUGCAAAGUUAAAGUGAAUGGUGCUCCUUCAGCGAAUGAGCUCGGGGUUCGGCCAUCUUGAAAGUGAAGCAACACAAACACACGCACAAACGCAGACACGUACGUCGUGAGCCGCGGCUAUUUCUCGCCCCGCACCUCCUCACAUUGUCGCCUUCUGCUUCGUAUCCAGUAGAAGCUGCUGAUUCUGUUAGCGGUCCGAAGAAUCGGUUGCCGUCGAAGCAAUCCUUGGUUUGCCUCGGCUCGUCCUUUCGCCCCACCCAAGCCCCGCGCGCGUACAGUUCAAAGCAGCGCACCUGCCGUGGCCAAUCGAGUUCCAUUCAUGGCCGACGUUGGAGGCUUGAAUUGAGGUUUUCGGAAAACGAAAAAAAGAAACGGGGCCCGCAGCUCAAUCACUACCACACCACUCCACCACCAACUCUCUCCCUUUCUCGUUCGCGCACACGACGUUGGUUACACGCGGCUACCCGCUAGUUGUCCAGUGCAGCGGCAGGAGGCUUCAGCCAGAAGGAUUACAUCCGAAACUGUUCCCCACGAUCCGGAGGCACGGCCACGAGCCCCUCGUGAAACGUCGGUAUCGGCGAAUCGAACGCUGGAGCAGCGCGAACAAGAGUGUGGUACACCGGAGAAGCAUUGAAGGUCGAGAGGCUUUUGGCAACGCGCGCGCCAGAACCAUUCCAGCGGCCAGUUUUGCAUGAGUAGAUUAUGUCUGAUAUCUGUGAACAGAUGUGUACAUAGCCAUGGCUGCGACGCGAAAGUUGCAAGGUGAAAUCGAUCGGUGCCUGAAGAAAGUCACUGAGGGUGUAGAAACGUUCGAGGAUAUUUGGCAGAAAGUUCACAAUGCUACAAAUAGCAAUCAAAAAGAAAAGUAUGAAGCAGAUCUCAAGAAGGAAAUCAAAAAGCUGCAGCGGUUACGUGAUCAAAUCAAAUCAUGGAUCGCAUCCGGCGAGAUCAAGGAUAAAAGCGCACUGCUGGAAAACCGUCGGCUCAUAGAAACCCAAAUGGAGCGGUUUAAGGUAGUCGAACGGGAAACGAAAACGAAAGCGUACUCGAAGGAGGGCCUCGGUGCGGCCCAGAAGAUGGAUCCGGCGCAGCGGGAAAAGGAGGAGAUCAGCAGCUGGCUAACGUCCUCCAUUACCUCGCUGCAGAUACAGAUCGAUCAGUUCGAGUGCGAGGUCGAGUCGCUGCUGGCUGGCAAGAAGAAAAAGCUCGACAAGGAUAAGCAGGACAAGAUGGAUGAGCUGAAGGGCAAGCUGGAGAGGCAUAAGUUCCACGUCACCAAGCUGGAGACGCUACUGCGGAUGCUCGACAAUGACGGCGUGGAGGUGGAGCAGAUCAAGAAGAUCAAGGAGGACGUAGAGUACUACAUCGACUCGUCGCAGGAGCCCGACUUUGAGGAGAACGAGUACAUCUACGACGAUAUCAUCGGCUUGGAUGAUGUGGAAAUCUCUGGCAUUCCGGUGUCGACCGGUACGGACAGCAAUAACAGCAAUGAAACGGCUGGUUCGCCUAGCAGUCUAAUAUCUGGUACUAGUCCGGCGCAGUCACCGGUGCUAAACUACAGCGCCAGCACGUUACACAAUCACAGCAGCGAUCUGUCCGCCGAUAACAACAACCUGAAUGAGAAGCGUUCGAAGAGCGAAGGAACGAAGAUUACGCCGGUGAAACCGACUGCAAUCCGCGCUAAGGUGGACCCGUCCGUAGCGGCUGCUGCGAGCAACGUCGUGAACAACAACGGUAGCAGCAACAGCAGCACCAACAGCAGUAGCAGUAAUAGCACCAGCAACAACAAUACGUCCAAGCCCGGGCUGAUCAGCUCGACGCCCAGCAAAAACCAUGCUACCGCGCCCGUACCCAGCAUGCUGGUGUUACCGCAGCCGCCCAAUAGUAUACCGCUCAUGGGACCCGCAUUCGCUGCCGUUGCUAAACAACUUCCCAAAAACGGUUCCAUACUCCAACCGAAUACGCCGGCAACGGUGGCCGGAUCGUCAGCGCCCGCGGCCAGUGGUCCCCUUCAAACGCAAGCUCCGAAUGCAUCGAAUGUCUUUAGCAACCUCAGUCAGAUUAUUAAUGCAUCUCAACCUAAGCUUAGUCAGCAGCUGCAACCGCAGCAGCAGCAGCAGCACGGUCAGAGCAGCUUACCGAGUGCGGCCGCCGUGGUCGCAGCGGCGAACAGUAGUAGCGGGCAAGCGAACGUCGUGGGUCAGUCGACAGCAUCUACGCAGCAGGCGCAACAGCAGCAAGCGCAGCAGCAACAGCAAGCCCAGCAGAUUCCUCCCGGUCAGAAUUCCAUGCUGCUUCACAACAGUAACGCCCUGUCGUCGGCGUCGAGCACGACGGAGAGCAGCAAUCAUGUAAUGAGCACAUCGUCCGCGUCUACCAUCAGCAGUAGCGGGGCGAACGUUAUUAAUAACUGUGUCUCACCCAGCAAUUCCGCAGUCAGUAGCAGAGCGUCACCCAGUUUGAUGUCACCACCGCAACAGCAACAGCAGCUGCUGAACGGCCCCACAACACUCGCGCAAGAAGUGAUAAAUAGAACGGGAGUUCUCGAAACGGUCCCAAGCCCCAAUCCGAACGCGUUGAUGCAGCAACAACAGCAGAGCCAGCAGCAGCAGCAACAGCAGAAUCCCCAAGGUGCAUCGGCAGUGGCGGCAGCUUCCGCCCAGCAGGCCGUGGCCGCGGUAGCGGCGGCCCAUGCGGCAGCGGCACAAGCAGCGGCGGCGCAAGCAGCGGCAGUAGCAGCCGUAGCCGGCCAGCAACAACAACAACAACAGCAGCAGCAGCAACAACAACAGCAGCAACAAUCGCAACAACAGCAGCAACCACAACCACAGCCAGCGGACACGAGACAGACGGCUGGUGGGCAGAUUCCUUCGAACCAGAGCGUGCAGCCGCAGGGCGGCGCCGGCCCGCAGUCAUUCAUGGUCGAUCCCGCCGGUACGCCAACCGCGGCCAACCUACUACCGACGUCGUCAGCAACUGCCAUCACGAACGGACCGAACACGAUCAUCAACACAAACUCUAGUAUUUCGAACGCCACCAACGUGAACAGUGGCGGCGGCGGCGGAGGCGGCAUGAAGGUGGCCGGCACUCACGAUGCCUGCAUACCCCCGCUACUCGGUGUGGCACCGCUUGGCACGUCCAAGCUGCAGAAGGAGCAUCAGAUACAAUUCCAACGGAUGGAAGCCGCCUACUAUCAUCUGCCAACACCAAGCGAUUCGGAGAGGCUCAGGCCGUACUUGCAACGUCAACCCGUGCAAACACCACCGCACUUUCCACAGCAACAACUUCCACAUUCUGAUACGGUUGAGUUUUUCCAGCGCCUCUCGCCUGAGACGCUCUUCUUCGUGUUUUACUACAUGGAGGGAACGAAGGCCCAAUAUUUGGCCGCGAAGGCGUUGAAAAAGCAGAGCUGGAGAUUUCAUACGAAAUAUAUGAUGUGGUUCCAGCGCCACGAAGAACCGAAAGUGAUCAACGAGGAGUACGAGCAGGGAACCUACAUCUAUUUUGACUAUGAAAAAUGGGGCCAGCGUAAAAAGGAAGGGUUUACGUUUGAAUACAAGUACUUAGAAGACAGGGACCUGAAUUGAUCUUUACAGAUUACGGAACUCUUUUUUUAAAAAACAUUGUGGAAAAAGCAAAAUGAAACGCAAAAAAAUUGAUCAAUAAAAACUAUAAAAUGUUCUGAAAAAAAAACCAACCAACAACAAAGCAAAACAAAUCCACCCGCAAAAAGAAUCACACGACUUUUGAAGCGAGGGAUCGGUUAGCGAGACAGAAAGUGAAAAAUGAUGUACAUUUGCGGAAGAAUCAUUGCAAGAGAUCGCGAUCACUGACGGCUAAGAAGAGCAGAAAAGUUUCGCUAUUCA